UAGAGGGCGAUACUGUUUCAUCCAAUACAACAUAACCUCUUUCUUGUGUUCAAUAUAAAGUUUUUAAAGUUAAUUUGCACGUGCUUUAUCGUUUUAAACUAUUAUAAUGCAAGUUUCCGAUUUGAAUAAUGUGAAGAUAUAUAAUUUAAGUGCCGGAAAAUCUUUGCCAGAAUGGUUAUCAGAAAGAAAGCGCCGCACACUUUUAAAAAAAGAUGUAGACAUUAGACGAAGAAUCGAAUUGAUCCAAGAUUUUGAUAUGCCCGGUUUAAGUACUUCGAUAAGAGUCUCAAAAGAUGGCCAAUACAUUCUAGCAACAGGAAUAUAUAAACCUAGAGUUAAAUGUUUCGACGUUAACAAUUUAUCGCUUAAAUUUGAACGUUGUUUUGAUUCGGAAUGUGUUACUUUCGAAAUAUUGAGUGAUGAUUAUAGUAAAAUAGUUUUUUUGCAAUGUGAUCGUUAUGUUGAAUUUCACGUUGCGCAUGGUCGUUAUUACCGAUUAAGAAUACCAAAAUUUGGCAGGGACAUGAAAUAUCAUUAUCCAAGUUGUGAUUUAUACAUUGUUGGUAGUGCUUCUGAUAUUUAUCGCUUAAACUUGGAACGUGGUCAAUUUUUAACUCCUUAUUCGAGUGAAUCCUCAGCAAUAAAUCGUUGUGAAAUAAAUCCUGUGCAUCAUCUUCUGAUUUGUGGCACCCAAGAAGGUAGAAUUGAAGCUUGGGAUACAAGAAGUAAAAGUUUAGUUGGCAAUUUUGAUUGCGCCCUAAAUUUUGUGAAUGAUCUUAAUCAAUUACAAAGUUUUCCUUCGAUUACUGCUUUAAAAUUUAAUGGGGCUCUUCAAUUAGGAGUUGGAACCGCCACUGGACAUGUUUUACUUUACGAUAUACGUUCAAACAAACCUUUUUAUAUUAAAGACCACAUGAAUGAACUUCCCAUUAAAGAUGUUGAGUUUCAUAAACAAGAAGAGUUUGUUUAUUCGAUGGAUGGAUCCACUGUUAAAAUUUGGGAUAAAAAUAAUGGUAAAUUAUACACAUCGAUUGAAGCAAAAUCCGAAUUUAACAAUUUAUGCAUCGUCCCAAACACUGGAUUAUUAUUUAUCGCCAAUGAAAACACAAAAAUGCAAACAUUUUACAUCCCAAGUUUGGGGCCAGCGCCGAAAUGGGCGAGUUUCUUAGAUAAUUUAACCGAAGAAUUAGAAGAAUCCAACACAGAAACUGUUUACGACGAUUACAAAUUUGUUACAAAAACUGAAUUGGAGAAUUUGGGAUUAGAUCAUUUAAUUGGAACCAAUUUAUUAAGGGCUUAUAUGCACGGGUACUUCAUUGAUGUAAGAUUAUAUAAAAAAGCGCGAGAUGUAGCUAAUCCAUUUGAAUUCGAUCAAUAUCGCAAACAAAAAAUACGUCAAGUAAUUGAAAACGAUCGCGAAGCUCGCGUCAAAGUCGAUAAAUUACCAAAAGUUAACAAAGAUUUAGCCCUAAAAUUAAUAAACGAUAAAAUCAUCAACAAAAAGAAAAACAAUUCAUCAUCAUUAUUAACUGAUAAUCGAUUUAAAGCGUUGUUUGAUAACCCGGAAUUUGAAAUUGAUAAGAACGCUGAAGAAUAUAGAUUUCUUAAUCCCGUUUUGUCUCGGUUAGAUAAAAAUAAAAAGAAAGAAUUGAAACAAAAAUUGGUUGGAGAAGAAUUCGAAACGGUUCAAGAAGAGGAUAAAGAUCAAAAAUCGAGUGAUGAUGAUUUUGAAAGUGAUGAUUCCUCAGAUGAUGAUGAUGGAGCAUGGAAAGAAGAAAUGAAAAAACAACAUAAAAUUCUUGAAAGAGAAAAAAGAAUUCGCGAAAAACGCGAAGAAAUUGAUAAAUUAAAUGAAGAACAGAAAGCUCCGAAAUUUUUUGAAUUAAGGGCGGGAGAAGAGUUUAAAGGGGCUCAUAAUAUGAAACGAAAAUUGAAUAAGGCUUCUUUGGCUGAAAGGUUACAAAACGAAGAUAGUUCCGUUAAAAUGCAUUCAUUUGGUAAUAGACAGAUGACUUUUUCUGUUUCAUCUAAAGCACGUGAAGCCGCAAUUAAUGAAAAAAAUAAAAGACAUCGAGAAGAACGAAAAAAAUUGGUCCGUCCAACUUUUGGGAUAAAAUCUUCAAAGAAAAAACAUUUCUAAGUAAUCAAGAAGACGAUAUCUUAAAAAAAAAAAUACUUUGCCUUAUAUUUA